AUGGCAAGGAUAUUUAAAUUCUUUGUAUUUUUAUUAAUUGUUUUUAUAUCAAAUGUAUUACUAUUGGUAGAAUCAAAUGAAGGAGAUAAUUCAUUUUCAUCAAAAUCAAUUCAAUUAUCUUUAGUUUCAAAUUGGGGUGAAACACCUUCUUAUUUGGAAGCUGCAGAAUUUUUACAUAAUCAAGAUAAAUCAUUAUUUUGGAAAUUUAUUGAAGAAUUUAAUAAAAUUGAUUUCAGUACAAAUUAUAGCGAUAAAAUAUAUUAUGAAUCAACAAUUUCAUUAAUGAAAUCAGUUUUAUCAAGUAAUACCCAAUUUUUAAGUGAAUUCCUUAGUAUUGAUCUUGCAAUGAGAACUUAUUCACCAAGAGUUGAAACCUAUAGACAAUUAGCAAUUUCAAAUAUGAAAUUAAAUAAUAUUGAGCAUUCCAUCACCACUGCUGAUAAUAAAACCAUUACUCUUUUUAAUAGUGGUGGUUGGGUUCAAAUCAAAAAUAAAAUUAUAACAGAUGUAAAUGAAAUUAAUGAAUCAUUAUUUAAAGAUGUAGCAGUUGUCGACGAUGAAGAAAAUGAAUUUAUUAGAUUAUAUGAUUUUGACCAUAUUUUUCCAACACUUGCAAAUACUGUUUCAUCCUCAUCAUCAUCACCAUCAUCAAUUCCAAUUGUAAUUUUAUAUGUUGAUAUUAAGAGUGAAUUCUUUAAAUUGGUUCAUCCAAAAUUAAAACAAUUCUCUCAAAUGGGUAAAAUCAAAUAUUGUCUAAGAUAUGUUGUUCAAGAAUCAAAUCAAAAAUUAAAUCUUCAAGGUUAUGGUUAUGAAUUAUCAAUUAAAAAUUUAGAAUAUAAAGUUAUGGAUGAUUCUGCAAUUAAAAAAGAUAUAAUUAUUGAUGGUGUUAAAUCAAAAACUAUAAUUAAUAUACCAAAUGAAGAUGUACAAGGAUUUAAUUUUCAUAAAUUACAAAAGAGAAAACCAGAAUUAACAAGUAAAUUAUCAACAUUUAGAUCAUAUUUAAUGGCAAAGAGUCAAGAGGCUAAAGAAUUGAAAGUUUGGGAAUUGAAAGAUUUGGGUAUUCAAAGUGCUCAAAAAAUCAUUCAAUCAGGUGACCCAUUGAGAUCGUUGGAAUAUAUUUCUCAAAAGUUUCCAACACUUUCAAAUUCAUUAUCAAAGAUAACAUUAAACGAAUCAUUGAAAUCGGUGAUUGAGUCAAAUCAAAAGAUAAUCCCAUCCACUACUGACCAAACAUUGCUUUUAAACGGUCGUUUAAUAGACACGAAUGAACUUAGUCCAAUUGAAUUAUCAAGAAUCAUUUUAGAAGAGUAUGAACAUUCCACUACAAUCCAACAACAGGGUCCGCUAUCAUCAAAGACUGUACAGGAUAUAAUCUCUGCUCAAUUACCAAUUCGUAUUCAAUUAUUACCAACUAAAGAAGAACUAGAAUUGAAUGGUGGUAAUGAACCAUUUGUAUCUUUAAAUAAUUUAGAAUUGGAUUACAUUUACCGUCAAUGGGAGCCAAAAUUACAAUCAUCAGUAUUGGAUAAACCCGUAACUUCACCACAAGAUAUCUUUAUCAGAAAGAAUCUAUUAACAACCGUUAUUGUCUUGGAUUGGAAUAAUAUUAAUACAUUUGAAAUCAUACCUGAAAUUCAAGAAAUGGUACAAGGAAAUUCAUUAAUACCAACUAGAAUUCAAUUACUUUUUAAUACAAAAUCAAAUAAUAAUAAUAAUAAUAAUAAUAAUAAUAAUGAUCAAAAUUCACAAACAUCAAAUUUCAUUCAAGGUAAAGAUUUAGCAAAAGUUUUCCUUACUAUUAAAAAUUCAAAUUUAGGUAAUCGUGGUGCUUUCUUUUUCAUUACUGCUUUAAAUUAUUUUAAGAAAAUGUAUAUUCCAAAUGAACUUGGUAUUACAAGAUCUGUACUUUCAUCAUCAUUUCAAGCAGUUUUACAACAAAUGGGUGGUAGUGUUAGAUCUUUACAACAUGCAUUAACAAAUACUGAUUUUGAUAAUCUUUUAGAAAGUUCAAAUCAAUUAAUUGAAAGAUUAGAACUACUUGAUACAACAACAUCGCAAUCAACAACAACAACAACUACUACAAAAAUAUUACCAAAAGUAUUUGUAAAUGGUGUUCAAGUUAAAUAUUCAAAUAUUGAUCAAUUAUCAUUUGAUUUGUUAGUUUCAUUAUAUGAUGAAUUUGAUAAUUUAAAACCAUUAUUUAAAGAAUCAAUACUUUCAACAACAACAGCACAAUAUUAUGAAACAAUUUUAACAAGUUCAUAUUGGAAAGAUAAUAAUUUACCAUUUUUAAAAAAAUUAAAUUCAAUGAUUUCAAAUGAAAAAUAUUCACAUUUAAUUACAAAUUCAAAGAAUAGAAAUCAAGAAGUUGAUGCACAAAAUGUUUUAAAGAAUUUAUUAUAUUUUAGAAAUAAUGAGAAUAAAGAUGAACAAAAUUUAUUAAAUUUAAUUGUAAUUGGUGAUUUCGAUCAUUACAAUACUAGAGAUAUCUCAUUGGAAUUAUUAAGACAAUUGGAAAAGGGUGAAUUAAAAAAUUGUAAAUUAACAUUCAUUUCCAAUCCAAUCGAUAUCAAUAGUGUUGUCAAUACAGCCGGUAAUGAAAAUCAAAUUCUCGGUAAACUAAUCACAAUAUUAAAACACUAUGGUAAAAUAUUGACACCACAAUUGGUGAUUGGGUUAUUUGAAAAGGUUCAAUCCGAUCCAACAAUUAUCGAUUCUUUUAAAACGAUGAAACAAAUCAUAGAGUUGAGUGGAUUCGAUAUUGCUGCUAACGAUAUCUGGGUUGCACAAUCUGUUAAUCUUUUCAAACAAAGUUCAAAAGUUUGUAAACAAUAUCUUGGUAUCCAAUCAACAAAUAAAUCACCACUUUCAAUACUUGUAAAUGGUAGAAUUAUUACACCACCACUAUCAUAUGAUGACGCUGCAUCAUUCAUUCAAUCUGAUUUUAAAUUACUCUUAGAAAUUGAAAUGAUUAAAGCUAAAAAAACUUUUGAAUUAUUAAAUUCUGAUCCAAUUUUAAAAGAUAAAUCAAAUUUAAAAAUUAGUGAUCUUUUAAAUAAAGUUCAAUCAUUAGUUGGUUAUUAUUAUAAUGGUAACAAUCAAUUAGAUUCAAAUAUUAAAAGAAAAAGAAUUCCAAAUUCAUUAUCAAUUUCAUUUAGUCAUAAACCACCAACUUUAUCAUCAUCAUCAUCAUCUUCUUCUUCAAAUUCAAAUGAUGUACCAUUAAAAUUUUUAAUGAUUAUUAAUCCAUUUAAUAAAGUUUCACAAAAAUUAGUACCAAUGGUUAGAGAAUUUUCAAAUAAAUUAAAUAUACCAGUUGAUGUAAUUUUAAAUCCACCUGUAUCAUUAUCAGAAUUACCAUUAAAGACUUAUUAUACUUAUGUUAUUAAGCUAUCAAGUGAAUUUAAUAAUGAAAAUGUACUUUAUAAUCAACCAUUAGGUAUUGCAACUGAUAUUCCAGAGGAUCGUGUUGUAACAUUGGCUUUGGAUAUACCAUCAAGUUGGUUAGUUCAACCAAUCAUUGCCAAGUAUGAUCUUGAUAAUAUUCGUCUAAAAGAUUUAGGUGAUGAACAAGUUUUAACUGCAGUUUAUGAAUUGGAGAAUAUAGUUAUCGAGGGUAGUGCCAAUGAUAUGACAACUGAUAACGCUCCAGCAGGUUUAGAAUUAUUAUUAAACCCAAUUUCAACACAAACAAAUAAAACUCAAGAUACUAUAGUUAUGAAUAAUUUCGGUUAUUAUCAAUUGAAAUCCAAUCCUGGUAUUUGGAAAUUAACAAUUGCUCCAGGUAGAUCCUCUGAUAUAAUGGAUAUGGUUGAUCAUCCAAAUCAAAAAGAAAAGGAAACCUUUGUAAUUGUACCACAUCGUUUGGUUGUAAUCGAUAGUUUAUAUCAAUCAUUAUCAUCUCUAUCGGUGGUUCGUAAAGCUGGUCAAGAAUUAAGACCAAUACUUCAACCAAUUGAUGAAUAUGAAAAACAAAAAGAACAAGAAAAAGAACAAAAAUUAAAACAAAAUAGUAGUGGCUUCUUUUCAAAUCUUUUCAGUUCAAAGAAUGACGCAACAGAUAGUGUCGCUACUCAUCAAAAGAAAUCAAAUUUAGAUACAAUUCAUAUUUUUUCAGUUGCAAGUGGUCAUCUUUAUGAAAGAUUUUUAAAGAUUAUGAUGUUAUCCGUCGUAAAGAAUACUGAAUCACCAAUUAAAUUUUGGUUUUUAAAGAAUUAUUUAUCACCAGCUUUUAAAGAAUUCAUACCAGAGAUGGCAAAAGAGUAUGGUUUCCAAUAUGAGUUGGUAACUUAUAAAUGGCCAUGGUGGUUACGUAAACAAACUGAAAAACAAAGAAUCAUUUGGAGUUAUAAGAUCCUCUUCCUUGAUGUACUCUUCCCAUUGGAUGUACCAAAGAUUAUUUUCGUUGAUGCUGAUCAAGUAGUUCGUACCGAUUUGAAAGAACUUUGGGAUAUGGAUCUCCAUGGCGCCUCAUUAGGUUACACACCAUUUUGUGACUCAAAUAAGGAUACCGAAGGUUUCAGAUUCUGGAAAUCUGGUUAUUGGAGACAACAUUUAGCUGGUCGUUCCUAUCAUAUCUCUGCUCUCUACGUCGUUGAUCUUGUUAGAUUCCGUCGUUUAGCAGCUGGUGAUCAACUUAGAGCAACCUAUGAUCAAUUAUCGCGUGAUCCAAAUAGUUUAGCCAAUCUUGAUCAAGAUUUACCAAAUUAUCUUCAACAUUAUGUUAGAAUUCAUUCGUUACCACAAGAAUGGUUAUGGUGUGAAACUUGGUGUGAUCAAGAAUCAAAAUCAAAAGCUAAAACCAUUGAUCUUUGUAAUAAUCCUCUCACAAAAACUCCAAAACUUGAAAAUGCUGUUAGAAUCAUUGAUGAAUGGACAACACUUGAUAAUGAAGCAAAAGAAUUUGAAUUAAAAAUUGAUCAAUCAAAACAUCAUCGUCAAAUUGAAUUAGAUCAUCAAAAUCAAUUACCAAAUUCAAAACCAAUUGAAAAUAUUGAUGAUAUUUUAUUAAAUUUAGCUGAAUCUCAAAAAGAUUUAUUUUAA